ACUUGCUGCCUCAAGAAACAAACAUCGCCUCACAAGGCCCGCAAAAUAUGUCUCUUCACUCACCUGCUAGUGACCCGCCGAUGAAGCUAGGUGUCUAUCGUGUACUUUCCGCCCAAGCUGGCGUGAGGAUAUCCCCCAUGAUGCUAGAUGCGAUGUCAGUCAUAAAUUGUUUCAAACUCCUGGACCCAUACUUUGAUAUGGGUGGCAAUUUUAUUGAUACGGCUAAUGGCUAUCAAGAUGGAUCCUCCAAGGAAUUCAUUGGGGAAUUCAAUUAUGUCAGGAACAGCUCCAAGUCCUUAUACCUCAGCGUCGAGCCAAGCCUUAAGAAACUCCACAUGGACUAUAGCAACAUACUUUAUCUGCACUGGUGGGACUGUGAUACAUCCAUUCACGAUCUUAUGGAUAACCUACAUUACCUCGUCUCACUCCGCAAAGUCUUAUACCUGGGGAUCUCAGAUGCGCCUGCUUGGGUAGUAGCUCAAGCAAACCAGUGCACAUUGGACUACAGGAAAAAACCAUUCUUGGUAUACCAAGGCUGGUGGAACAUCAUGAUGAGAUCAUUUGAACGGGAGAUCAUCCUGAUGACCAGGGUGUUUGGGAUGGCCCUUGUUCCGUGGGAUGUACUCACUGCUGGGAGGUUCAGGACAGAUGAGGAGGAUCAGAAGCGAAAGGAGACAGGAGAGAAAGGGAGGACGAUAUCUCAUCCGGAUUGGGAGAGGAAUGAGUUUGAAAUCGUUGCAAGUGAGGUUGGCGUGCAAGGCAAUACCAAUGCUGGUGUUCGCAAUCGCUAUGUCAUGCACAAGACUCCAUACGUCUUUCCGAUCAUUGGAGGCCGAAAAUUCUCCCAGGCAAUUGGACACAUUGAAAUCUUGAUAGCCCAUGAACACAGCCUAGAACCUGAGUGA